AAGGGGAAGGGCGCGCGCGGUCCGCUCGAGCCGGAGCAGCGAUGGACAGCGGCAGUCUCGCGGUCUGUAAUUGCGCAGGCGUGAGCGGAGCGCUUCUGCCUUCCCAUGCCUCGCACGGCGCCGAGACCUGCGCAGAGGAGGUGAAGUUAAAAAUAAAAGAUCUGAAUGAGCACAUUGUCUGCUACCUGUGUGCUGGGUACUUCAUUGAUGCCACAACCAUUACAGAGUGUUUACAUACGUUUUGUAAGAGCUGUAUCGUGAAAUACCUGCAGACGAGCAAGUACUGUCCAAUGUGCAACAUAAAAAUCCAUGAGACGCAACCCUUGCUGAACCUGAAACUUGACCGAGUGAUGCAGGACAUUGUGUAUAAGCUGGUUCCAGGACUACAGGAAAGUGAGGACAAAAGGAUAAAGGAGUUCUACCAGUCCCGAGGUCUGGAACGAGUUGUGCAGUCCUCUGUCGAUGAUGCAGAACCUGACAUGGCAGGAUUGCCCUACACUAGCUUUGACCACUCCAAAGCCCAUUUCUACAGAUACGAUGAGCAGGUCUCUCUCUGCCUGGAAAGACAGAGUUCGUCGUCAUCUACAGGGCGAGAUAAAAGCAAGCUGACUCUACGGCAGAAGUUCGUGCGGUGCUCGGCGCGGGCAGAAGUGCGGCACCUGCGGCGGGUGCUGUGUCAGCGGCUCAGCGUGGAGAAGCAGCAGGUCCAGAUGUUGUUCAACAAUGAGUCCUUGCCUGAUCACAUGACCAUGAAACAGCUGUGGCUCUUGCACUGGUUUGGCAAGGCUCAACCUCUGGUUCUUCACUACACAAUCAAGGACAAGCAGACAAGAUAGGAUUGGUUCUGUUUUAAACAGCACUGUUGGUUGUACAUAUUUGUAUUUUAGAUAAUCUAUUUUAAUUAGGUCUGUAUAUAUGUGUAAAUAAAUGUACUUAGAUUUUGUUUGUAUUUUUAAAUAAAUUUUGUGAAAGUUUA